AAUUUAUCAGCACCGCCAAAUCUUUGAUAGAAGAUUCUCCCCUUUGCCUAAACUAGCCGGCUCACAGCCACGACACGUUCCGUUUGACAGUUGAGAGCGACCCUUACGUUCACCUCUAUAGCUUGAGCACCCGCACUCGCAACAAGAUCUGUUGCUUAGACCAAGAAGACAGUCAUCAUGUGCAAACACGUUCUCAAUGCGCAAGUCGCGAUUAGGUCUCCCUGCUGCAAAAAAUGGUUCGACUGCGCCGAGUGCCACCAUGAGCAGGAAAAGCACCCCCUGCUCCAGAGCCUCGAAAUGGUCUUUGCUUGCAAGAAGUGCAAGAAGUGCUUCCGCAAAGACGCCCAGGAAUUCGAAGACGCCGACGAAUACUGCCCACACUGCGAUAACCACUUCGUCAUCGAAGCAAAGACGCCCAAGGCAGCCAUUUCCGUCGAGGGCGAGGACGCCCGCAAGGAUAGCCGCAUGAUCAAGGACGAGCGUAUCCGCCCAGUCGCCGGACGAUCAAUAUUCGACCCUACCGACGAUGCGGACGUGCUGGGCUAAAUUAGGGAGGUUAGCUGGGUAUCGAGCAUCAGUGUGGCAGCAAGCGAUUUUAUGGACACCGUUUUUGUAGAUUUUCCACGGUCUA